GUCUCUGAUCUACAACGACAAAAGCCAGCAGGCAUGGGGGCUGAUCAUAUUGCUAAUUUCCAAGGCAGCUGGGCAUACGGCCUCCGUGCCGGAGAUGGAUCAGGAUCGCAGCGUAGGAGUACUGCACUCGCAACGAGCCCUGGCCGAAGUAACCGAAAUGAUCCGCAGUUCCCAGUUGAUCCAUCAGGGCGUUAUCAACCUGCAAUCGAUGGACAAUGCCGGGAAUGAUCUGAGCGGGGACAGUGAUAUGGUUUUCGGGAACAAGAUCGCACUGCUGGGAGGGGACUACCUGCUAGCGCAUGCCAGUAAGCAAAUUGCUUCCCUAAGGAAUCAAGAUUUGAACAUGCUAAUGACAUCCGCCUACCGGGACUUGGCAGAGUCCGCGUUCAUAGGCGAAAGUGACGAUCAGAACAAUCCGCUACCAUCGAAGCCGAAUACACCUGCCCGAACGAACACCCCGGAAUGUACACUGCAAGAGCUGGACUUUGGAGACGUGCGAGACAACAUGGAACCGAUGCUGAUUGACGGAGUCAUGGGACACCCGGAGAAAGAAUGGUCUCUCAGACACGUUCUGGGCGGUGGAAGCCUUCUGGGUAAAAGUUGCCACGGAGCUUUGAUGUUGGCAGGACACCCGGAUGAGCUGCAAAAGCAAGGCUAUCUUUUCGGAAAGCACAUGUCCCUGGCCUGGCAGGCCUCGAUCGAGCUGCAACCGUUCCUGCUCAAUCAGCUUCCACUAGGAAACACAUUCAGUUUGGUGUCCGCGCCGGUCCUGUUCCACUUGGAGUACGAUCCAAGCGUCUACGAAUUUAUCGAACAGGGCAAGAUCUCAAUUGAGGACGUGGAUUAUGCGGCUCUCCAUCAGGAAAUCAUCCAGGGACCAGGGCUGGAGAAGACGAGAAACCUUCAGAAGAAGCACAGUAUGGCAGCAAUGAACGUGUUGGACCGGUUUCCCACCACCGAUGCCCAAACCGCUCUGCAGAAUAUCAUUCUGGCCAUGCAGCAGCUGUGAGAUUAUAAACUUUUGAAUUUAGCUUAGCGAUAUAUACGUGCAUAUUUCGCGAAUCUUA